CACACAAAACUAAAUUUUGCUUCCUUCAGAUAAAUUAGAUAUGUUCGUCUGCCAAUUAUAUAAAUGUUUUACUUUUUUAUUCCAUUGCUCGUUGCUAGCUUGAGGAAGUUAUGGGUAAUAGGGUAUAAGAAGGACUAAUCAGAGCCGAGUUACACGAUCAUGCAUCAAUAGUUAGUCUGACACUCAAAAAUUGGAAAACAAUUCUGUAUCUUGUGAAGAGUGACUAACUUCACCAUUGCUACGAUUAUUAUUUACGUGCAUUAACGAUCGUUUGAAAAUAAUUAUUCCUCAAAAUUAAUAAAUUCAUGAUACUAUGCAGAUGUUUUAUGUGAUAUCAUUUUCUUUUAUUUAGAGUAGUGUUAUUUUAUGUACACAAUUCGAUGUUAUUUAAUGACAAAGAAAUGGAAAUAAAUUGUUAAAUAUGUAUUGAGGUAAAAAAUUGUUUGUAACGGCUGGAUGUGGGCCAAUAAAAAAAUAUAAAAAUAAAUUGCGAGGAAGUGUACAUUUUCCAUUUUCUAAAUUGUUCGCUUUCACGAUCUUGUGAAACUACAAUUUCCCUAUAGCGAUAGAAAACUGUUAGAACUCCAUGCCAUACAUAAUUAAUAUGUUUUGACCGUGGUCUAUCCAUUUUUAACAUGUUUUUGUCAAGAACAGUACUUUCUCUAGCUAUAAUCUAGUUAAUGCUUGUGCUUUGGUGAAGAAAGUUUCCAUUUAAUAUGGAAAUAGAAACUAAUAACACAAAUGUUACAAAUAGUUCAGCUGAUAAUACAUACACUGCUUCUGCAUAUAAUCUUAAUCAAGAGGACAGUAACUGGAUUGUGACAAAUUCGUUUAUAAUUUUUACUAUGCAAACUGGUUUUGGUAUGUUAGAAUCUGGAUGCGUGUCUUUAAAAAAUGAAGUAAAUAUUAUGAUGAAAAACGUAGUAGACAUAGUUCUUGGUGGAUUGACUUAUUGGGCAUUUGGUUUUGCACUAAGUUUUGGAACAGACAGGUUGCAGAAUCCUGUUAUUGGUAUGGGCGACUUUUUAAUGGAUCCUUUCGUAUAUGAUAAACUUAUGGGUCCAAAAUGUGCUGCAUUUUUAUUUCAAUUAAGCUUUGCAACUACCUCAACAACUAUUGUUAGUGGUGCUAUGGCUGAACGGUGUAAUUUCAAAGCAUAUUGCUUAUUUUCAUUCUUAAACACAAUUGUGUAUUGCAUACCAGCUGGUUGGAUAUGGGGCGAUCAUGGCUUUUUAAAAAAUAUAGGCGCUGUUGACAUUGCUGGUUCAGGAGUAGUACAUCUUGUUGGAGGUAGUUCUGCACUUGCGUGUGCCAUUAUGUUGGGACCACGGCUGGGCAGAUACGAUAAUGGAAUUGAUCCGUUACCUCUGGGGAAUCCUGUCAAUGCUAUUAUGGGCUUAUUUGUGCUUUGGUGGGGCUGGUUAGCAUUUAACAGUGGAAGUACGUAUGGUGUUAGUGGACAACGAUGGCAGUAUGCCGCAAGAGCAGCAGUUUCUACUAUGUUAGCAAGUAUGGGUGGUGGUUUAAUUGGAUUAGGUUUCAGUUUAACUAAUCCAAAUGGAAUUGAUAUUCUUAGUCAGAUAAAUGGUAUUCUAGGUGCUCUAGUUGCAGUUACAGGUGGUUGUUUCCUUUUUAGGGCCUGGGAAGCUAUAAUUGUUGGAAUGAUCGGUGCUUAUAUUACAUGUUUUGUAAUGCCCUUGUUAGAUAAAAUGCAUAUUGACGAUCCCGUUGGUGCCAGUGCAACGCACGGAGCAAGUGGAAUUUGGGGCAUCAUUGCUAUUGGUUUAUUUGCAGAUAAUCCACACCCUCUUGAUACAACUAAUGGAAGAAAAGGGUUAUUUAAGGGUGGGGGAUGGUAUUUAUUUGGUGUACAAUGUUUAACUGUUUUAUGCUUAGCAGUUUGGAGUUUUUUUACAUCUAUUACUUUAUUAUGGAUCAUAAACAAAGUUAUACCGAUUAGAAUGAGUAUUCACGAUGAACUGUUUGGUGCAGACUUAGUAGAACAUCGGAUACGACACAUGCAGAUAGGUGUAAGUAGAGCUAUGUCUGCUCUUCAUCCAGUUCCUCAAGAACACAAAUUAAAAACUGUACAUCCAGUUGGAAUAAAUCCUGGUCACGAUUCCUAUAUCGAAAAAUAUAAUCGUAAAAAUCGCAUGAAAUUUGGAAGACGAUUAUCAUUCAGAAAAAGGUCGUCGAAAACUCCUCAAGCUAAUACGAUUACAAACGCAGUAUUAACCGGACAAAGUAAACCGAAUUUCGUUUGGAUGGACUGAUAUUUUCAAAUGUUUUUUAACAAUUUAUUGAAUGUAAAUUUAUUAGAAACGUAUAAAUGUAUUCGCAUACACAUUCUAAUGCUUUCACACAUUACUGUAACACAUACAA